AUGACGGGGAAGCUUCGGCCUGCGAACCAGAUCUCUCUUCUCCUACAGGUCCCCCCGCCCCGAGGGGAAGACCCGCACCAGACCCUUGCCACCAUCGCCAAGGCCAUCACGAUACCCGGGGGGGGGGCCGACACCUUCAAGGAAAGCAAGCAGCUCGUCCAACACCGCAAGCAAGCCCAACAAGCUCCGGCAGGGGCGGAAGCACGACAACUGUGGAAGGCCGUCAGCCGACUCCGCAAACAGGAGUUCCGCCAGUGGAAGCAAGCACAAGCGGAGCGAGCCGCCCACUUGGACUGGAGAGCACUUCGCAGCCUGCAGCAAACACAAACCCAUAGGGGGUGGCAACUUCAGCUCACAGACGAUCCUGAGUGGCAAACCCAGCUCCGCAGGCACAUGGAGGGGAUCUUUGCUAAGCCCGUCCCGCCCGCAGCACAAGCCAGGGGGGCGACCCUCCGCGAGGCGCUCCGGCGCCAAUGCAAGCACACACCCUGGAUUCCUUUCACCAUGGGGGAGUUGCAGCACACUUCCCACAAAUGGGCCCGCAACCGCAGCACAGGGCCGGAUGGCGUAUCCCACGAGGCGGCGCAACACCUGCUCCUCGACCCCGCUUGGGGGGAGAGAGUCCGGGAAGUCCUGAACGACAUGCUUUACCGGGGGGCGAUUCCGGGAGGAAUCGAACAAGGCAUCACGGUGUUGCUGCCCAAGGUCCCAAAACCACUGGCAUGGGGGGACACCCGACCCAUCACACUCAGCUCCACCUUUCUCAAGUGGGGGAGGCAGGGAGUGGAGCUAGUGGCAAUACUCCGCCGCGUCGUGCAAAUGGCAAAGGACUGGGGGGUGAAGACCUGGAUCGUCAAGCUGGACAUACGAAAAGCGUUCGAUAGCGUUUGGCAACACAGCCUUAGCGAACUUGUGGCGGCUCGAGUCGGGGGGAUACCAUCACCACGCUUUCCAGCACCUCCGGGGGGGGACCGCCAACCAUGGGAAGCGCUCCUGUGGUUGAGCCUGCUCCAGACGCGAUCCCUCAACGUGGCGGUGGGGGAUACCCUGACCCCGGUUCCCCAAUCCAACGGUAUCCGGCAAGGCUCGCCGGACUCGCCCGACCUAUUCGGGGCCAUCAUUGCCAAGGACCUCCAAGCAGCGCUCCAGAAGGCCCCCCCACAACCGCCAGACCCGCAGGGGGGCCCCCCACCCCCCAAGGCGGGGGGAUCCUUCCUUGACGACACCUAUCUGUGGAGCCAGAACCGCCAGCACUUGCAAUCCCUUCUGGGGUUUUUGGAAGGGGAGCUUGCACGAGACGGCUUGCACAUCCACCCGGGGAAGACAGCAGUCUUAUGCAGCCAAAGCACCACCGACACAUUCACCAUCAAAGGGGAGACCGUCCACAGCCAACCACCGGACAGCACUGUCGCAGCACUCGGCACCCCUCUUACCUUCGGUGACCAGACGGCAGCCAUCAUUGCAGAGAUGACGCGGAGGGGGAGAGCGGCGUUUUCCAAACACAAGAAAACGCUGACCGCGCGGACGAGCCUCAAGCCCCGCACCAUAGCACACAUGAGCUUGGUCCGGGGGGCAGCCCUGUAUGCCGCGGAAACAUGGCCUGCCCACCAACACUUGCUGCGGGCAGCCAACACCAUGCAAGCCACCCACUAUAGGGAAAUGAUGCACCUACACAGGAGGGCCACGGAGAGCUGGGGGGAGUGGCACGUGCGCACCCUACGCACAGCCCGAGUACACAUGCACAGAGAGGGGAUGCAGCGGUGGUCCACCUACAUACUCCAGCGCAUUUGGACCUUGUGGGGGCACAUGGCGCGGGGGGGGGAAGCCGUCACGGACAUGCUCCACUGGAAGGACCUGCGCUUCUGGCGCGCCGAGCAACGCAAGCCAGCACGCACCAGAGUGCGGCACGCAGGUAGCACAACAACGCAACACCUGGCAAACCUUACAGCAACAGUUCGUCGAGCGCUUCGACGUCCCUUGGGCCACAGGCCCGGGCCCGGGAGAGAACCAGGGGAGCUCUACACCGAGAGGAGCGUCGCCACGAGCCGCGAGGGUCCCUGCCCAGUGGGCAAGCCAGCCAAGACCGAGGACCUAUCCAAGCAGGUAGCCACCACUCAAGUGCCACAGCAACGGCAGCACAAGCACAAUACCCCCAAGGCGGGGCGCAAGGAGAGGGCCGCCGGCCAGCUCAACAGUGGGGAGCCGCGUCCUCCAGCCAAGCAGCAGCAGCAGCGCAGCCGGCAAACAUGCCGCACACACCUCCCCAACAAGGAUGGGGACCGGGUGGCCCGCACCAGCAGCCACCGCCGCAACCCCAACCGGGGGGACACACCCACACCAUGGCCGCAGCAGCGUCCCACACGCAGCCAACGUCAAGCGCUUCCACCUCAGCAUGGGGCACCAGCCAGCAGAUACCAGCACAGACGGGGCACCCCGCCGAACCCUGGCCGCCACAUGGAGCGAGGGGGAUACUUUGCGCCCCCCUACAACCCGGAGACGGACCCUUGGCACGAACAAGAGGGGGACCCACAACAAGCACUACCGCUACCAGCGCAGCUGACAGCAGGCGAGAUGGCGCUCAGAUUUGGUUUCCCUUGGUACGACAGCCAAGGGAAUUUGGUCCUACCGUCACCUUCGGUGCCCGGCUCAGCAGGCUGGAUGGGACACCCACCGCCAGGAAGCCACGGAGAGCACAGCCACAGCAGCAGCCACAAGCGACCGCACCAGCGGAAGGCCAAACAACAGAGCCAGCACCAACACGAGACGACCCACAACUACGACUGCCCAACAGAACACCACAGCGGCAGCAGCAGCGACGACCCCGUGGAUCCCACCACCGUGGGAAACCCAAGCCUCCCAGGGGGGGAUGAGCAGGGGGAUGCAGAGGCGGCGGCAGAGGAGGAAGACCAGGGGGGAGCAGCACCGACCAAGCGCCACAUGCAGAAGGAGGAGCCCAACCACAAGCAGCCGCCACGCCCGCCACCGCCACCCAAGGCCCAGCAGCCAACACCGGACAGCACGACGCAGCGGCGAACAGCAGCAGCCGCCCCCAGGGCAGCCACAGGGCGCCCAGCACCCUGGGUGCAAACAGUGCGAGACGGCCGAAACAUCGGCAAGCGGCCCACCCCUGCCACACCGCCGGCGCCAUCGCCAACGCCGGCCCCACAGGGGGAACACACAGACCUCAUGCAGCGGUACACCAGCAACCCGCAAGCACAACUCACGGCAGCGCAGCAGGCCCUUCAAGCAGCCAACCGCCGCGGGGAGACGCAAGCCAUGGCCCUGCAACAGCAAAUCCAGCUUAUCCACGACACAGCAGAGCAGGCAAGUAUCGCUCCUGGCACCCACGGGGGCACUCCCGGAAACGUGCAAAACCAGCCGUAA